AUGAGAUUCCUUUUUAUAUGUGCAGUAACACUUUUAGUUGGUUUGUCAAGCUGUACUAAGAGUAAAAGGGUCUCCCUUGACCUAUCUCUUCCCAGUCCUUCCCUGUUUACCGUAACAGACUACGUACUCUAUGGAGUGAGUCACAAGGCAUUUGUUCCCCAGGUUGGUAGCUCUGUAGUAUCAGUGGUGGAUAACAGAGAUACGCUUUGGACUGCUACAGACACUCAAGAAGGAUGUACAGGUGCCUACCUCUUUUCUAGGGAGGGGUUCCCCUCUCUUCUUAGUGUUUAUACAAGAGGUGCCGGAGAUGAGACCUUUUGUUUUGAGAAGGCUGGUGGAGCAUGGAAUGAAGUAGAUGAAGAACCGUUUAAUGACAGGGUAACGACAAUGAUUGGAGGAGCCGUGAAAUAUACAAGUCAAUUCGGCUCCAAGGUAAAUGGGUCUCUCUUUAAUGCCCUGGACUCUGUUGAGGACAAUGUCAGGGUUCUUAAACUCACACCCAAGAAGGGUGUUACUGCCAACAAGCUCACAUUCGACAGAGAAUUGGUCUGGGAAGAAGGAUGUGAUGUGUCUCUCAGCUCUCUUAUAUCUGGAUGGAGAGAGACCUACUCUUGCAGUACUUGUUACCAGGGAUAA